AUGCAAGCACCAGGCUUAACAAAACUGCCUAGUCAAUAGAAAGUUCCUAAGUAUAGACCUUCCAUCAAUAUAGACAAUUUGAUUGCCAUUUGCACAGGGAAACUCAAGAAUUGCCCAAAUCAUAAGAAAGCGCUUUAUAUUCGUGCAUCAGCUUAUAUUAAGAAAGGAGAGUAUUAAACAGCCAUACAAGAUUGCAAUAAGCUUCUUGAGACUGACGGAGAGAACGUAGGCGGAUAUUAUUUGAGAGGAUGUGCAAAUGAAAAAUUGGGUUAAAUAGAUUUAGCUAUUGAAGAUUUUUCAAAAGUGCUCUCAUUGGAUGAAAAUCAUGUUAAUGCAGCAUUUGCUCGUGCUUCAUGUUUAAAUUUGAAAGGGGACUUUGCUGGAGCUAUUGAAGAUUAUACAAGAGCCUUGGAAAAGGACAAUGCUAAAUCUCUUAACCUGUCUAAUUCUAUCAAUAAGAGGUCUUUGCUGAGGAAUAGUUCUAUGAAAAAGGAUGAGCCCUAUCCUAAGACUGAUGCAUUUUAAUUUACUACUAAAAAGAAUAAAUAUUAGCAACCUGAAGAAGAUGAUUUGAUGAAUCCCCAGAAUGAUGAGGAGUACCUAUAGAAUGAUCAAUCCCAAAUUUAAAAUUAGCCUCAGUAGACUAGCUUUAUGAGUUAGAAUCCUCUGUAUACAAGCAUCGAUGCAAAUGAAUUGAAUAUACAAAGGCCAUCCCAAAUAAUUGACAAAGAGAUAUCGUAACCAAUGUAAUAAUAAUUGAUAUCAAUGAUACCAGAAAACAUCAAAAAUGAUAAUAAGAAAAUCUCAGAUUGGUUUCAUUCUCAGGGUUUUGAGGCUAGGAAAAAGGAAGACUUUAUAAAAGCAAUAGAAUUUUAUACCAUGGCUUUGAUGUUUAAUCCCAAUCAUUUUAAAUCGAUAUUCAAUAGAGGUUUUGCUUUUGAUAAGCUCAGAAUGUACAAUGAUGCAAUCAGCGACUACACGAAGGCUAUUGAAUUGGAUUCAAAGAAUGCUUAUGCAUAUUAUAAUAGAGGGAUUUCCUACGAUAAAAAAGGAGAUUACAAUUUGGCAAUCAAGGAUUUCGCAAAAUCCAUAGAGCUUGACCCGUCAAAAGCAGACUUUUAUCAUAAUAAAGGAUUUGCAAUGAAAAAAAAGAAUUUAAUCAAAGAAGCAAUAUUAGAGUUUAAUGAAUGCAUUCGGUUGGACAAAAAUCAUUUCAAAGCUUAUUAUAAUAGAGCAAAUUGCUAUGAGAAGUUGGGAGACUUUGAUAAAGCAUAAUAAGAUUAUUUGAUUGCUAAUAAUGUUGUUCCGAAUAACCCAAACACUCUAACUCAUAUUGGUAUUUUGAUGGACAGACAAUAAAAAUUAGAAGAGGCACUCAAAUACUUCAACUCAUCUCUGAAGAUAGAUUAGAAUUAUGCUCCUGCAUAUAAUGGAAGAGGGUUGGUUUUUGAUAAAAUCGGCGAAUUUGAAAAAGCAUGCUAAGAUUUUAAUAAGGCAAUUGAGAUAGAACCAUAGAAUCCAGUCUAUAUUCAUAAUAGAGGAUGUUGUAAGAGGAGCAUGAAUAAGUUUGAGGAGGCUUUGGAAGAUUUUAAGAAAGCCUUGUCUUUGGAUUCCAAGAACCCUAUUAUUUACUCAAAUAUGGGAUUAGUUUUGAGGAAGAUGGAAGACUUUGAAACUGCAGCAUAUUGUUAUUCACAAGAAUUAAUUUACUCUUAGGAGAACACAAGAACUUUAAAUAACAGAGGGUACUGUUUGGCCAAGUUGGGUUAGUUUGAUGAAGCCAUAGCUGAUUAUACUAAGGCAAUAAAAUUAGAUCCUGUGAACAUUCAUGCAAUAUAUAACAGAGGGAUUUGUAAUGAGAGGAUUGGAGAAUUUCGUAAAGCUAUAGAGGAUUUCUCUUAAGUAAUUCACUUGUAGAACGACUAAGGGGCUAAUGCUUAUUUCAACAGAGGAUGUUGCUAUGACAAUAUUGGAGAAAUGGAUCUGGCUAUAGCUGACUAUUCUAAAGCACUUGAAAUAGAUAAUAAAACUAGUAAAGUCUCAUGA